AUGGAGAAAGUCGAAUAUUCCACACGAAGAGGAGAAUAUAAAUCGCUUUAUAUAGAAGAAUAUUUACAUCAAUACAUAGACAAUAAAUGGACUCAGAGUCUUUUACCUUACGCCGUUCCUAUGUCACUGGCAUACAUAAUAAUUAUCUUUUCUUUGAAAAAUUAUAUGAAGUCCCGGCCUCCGUUUCAGCUUCGUAGGCCACUCGUCUUCUGGAAUAUAUUAUUGGCGGCAUUCAGUAUUUGUGGCACUUUAAGAUUGCUUCCAGGGUUGUUGAUUUCAAUUCGAGAGUUCGGAUUUAUGUUCUCCGUGUGCAACCUCAGCUUUGCAUUAAAACAUCACCCGCUUCCAUUCUGGAUGUCUUUAUUUGCAUGGUCAAAACUCAUUGAAUUCGGAGAUACAUUAUUUAUUGUUCUUCGUAAGCAGAAACUGAUAUUUUUACAUUGGUAUCAUCAUGCUUUAACUCUGAUUUUUGUAUGGUAUUGCAAUUCCAAUGAAGCGUCCACUACAUAUUGGUGUAUGACGAUGAACAUGUUUGUACACAGCUUCAUGUAUACUUAUUACGCUAUGAAGGCGAUGAAGAUUAAUGUGCCUGUGUAUAUUGCCAUGACAAUUACUAUAAUGCAAAUUGCACAGAUGUUUAUGGCUUUUUUUCUUUCUUUAUUGGCCACUUAUACGUAUUAUAGUGGAAAAUACUGCGAACAGACCGACAUGACUCUGUUGAUUUCAAAUUGUUUGCUCAUGUCUUACGUAUGGUUGUUUUGUCGCUUUUUUCAAUAUUGA